AUGACACCCGGGGCCCUUGUCGCCGAUACUCUGCCUGGAGGCGCUGCCCUCUCCAAACCGCUCACCCAGUCCAACUUUGGGCCCACGCAACCAGAGACAGUCGGCUACUUGCAACCAACAUCGGCUGAUACUCCUUUGGAGGUUAUGCACGAACGAUAUCAGAGGGAUGGGUACUUAUUUAUGAAACAUUUGCCGCCCAAGGAAAAGGUCAUAGAAUGCCGACGAGCCUACUUCGAGCAUAUGGCGCCAUCCGGCCUCCUCAAACCUGGUACUGAUGCCGUUGAAGGCACAUAUUGCGGCACCGAUUCCCGGAAAUACCUCCCACCAGGUAAUCUUCGCCGCCUUUUCGGGAUCAAGGACGAUCCACAGUCGGAAAAAUACGCUGAACUUAUGAUCGGCGCCCACGAGGCAGACUUCUACCCCAAGUUGACAGAGAUUCCUGAAUUGCGCGCGUUCGUCCGCAAAUUCACUGGAUGGAAGAGGGAGACAAUGCUCCAGAGGAGUAUGCUAAGAGCCUUUGUGCCCAAUUCGGAACUGACGCCCGGCCAUUACGACCAGAUGUACCUUCGUGCAGGACCACCCACAUCGUUGACGGCGUGGGUACCAAUUGGACCUGCGACGGAAGAACAGUUCAAGCGAGAUAAUCACAAUUUGACAGACAAGGAACGCGUCUCGGCAUUCAACAAGAAUAUGAAUGAUGGCGGCUUCUUGUCAUGCGACGUUGUUGAGUAUGGCCAGCAAGCGAAGCGAAAAUGGCUUAUUAUAGAGUACGAGGCGGGCGAUGUGAUCUUUAAUAGUCGGUGGAUGGUACAUGCAAGUUGCAAGAACAAGGACUCAGAAGCAAGUAUUAGGCUCGCUACAGAUCUGCGGUUCGUCAACCCAAAUGAGCCUUACGACACUAGGUGGAUGAGGAUAUAUCGCCUUUUGGACGGAGUGUAG